AUGGCGCCCUCCGCAAUCGAAGAGACAGUCAACCGAAGGGAGGCCUGGAAACACCUCCCUCCACCGACCGUGUAUCCGGUCAAGGAAGCCAAGUUCGAUAAGUAUCUUCCGCCGCAAUUGGACGGUAGAGAACGGGCUUUGGCGCAGCCAGACGGACAAGCUGUGAUCGUCAUCGACAAUGGCUCCUCCACCGUCCGGGCAGGCUGGUCGUUCGAGGACAAACCGCGACUAGCAAUCCCUCCGAUCAUGUCUAAGUACCGAGACCGCAAAGCGGGCAAGACCUUCUCGUUCGCCGGCCAGGAUUGCUACGCCGACACCACAGCGCGAGGACACAUUCGCAAUGCCUUCGAAGCCGGCACUGGCAUUGUGAGCAGCUGGGAUGUUGUGGAGCACGUUCUCGAUCACGUCUUCAUCAAGCUCGGCAUGAAUGGGGUGGAGGGGGGCAUUGACAUGCCCAUCGUCAUGACCGAGGCCGUCGCCAACCUCCCAUACUCGAGGAAAACAAUGAGUGAGAUGCUUUUCGAGUGCUACAACGCGCCUAGUGUCGUCUACGGAAUCGACUCCCUGUUUUCGUACCGCCACAACCGAGGCAAGACCGGUCUCGUCGUCUCUUCGUCCUACAGCGCAACACAUCUAAUCCCCGUCUACGACUCCAAAGCUCUGCUUUCCCAAGCGAUACGACUGAACUGGGGCGGCUGGCACGCCGCAGAAUACCUUCAGAAGCUCAUCAGGCUCAAAUACUAUACCGGGUUUCCUGGGAAACUUAACUCUUCACAGGCCGAGAACAUGGUUCGAGAUUUCUGCUACGUAUCAUUGGAUUAUGAUCAAGAGGUGGCGCGCUUCAUGGACUGGACCGGGCUCGAGGACAGAGAACGCAUCAUCCAAUACCCAUACACGGAGGAGGUUGUUGUGCAGAAGACGGAAGAAGAACUGGCCCGAAUCGCCGAGAGGAAAAAGGAGAGCGGCCGGCGUCUUCAAGAACAGGCCGCCAAAAUGCGCUUGGAGAGGUUAAUGAAAAAGGAACAGGAGCUUGAAUACUACAAGGACGUCCAACGCCGGAUCGCCGACCAGAAUAAAAAGGAGACAAAACGGCUGCUAGAUGAGGCCGAAGUCAAGGACGAGGCGGGGCUGGAGCGUAUGAUUCGGGAACUAGAAAAGUCUAUCAAAAAGGCCCGGACGAAAGACCUCGGCGGUGAGCAAGAGGAAGAGCAAGCAGCACCCGACUUCAGCCUCCUCGACGUGCCCGACGAUCAACUCGACGAGGCCGGCAUAAAACAAAAGCGCCAGCAACGCCUCCUCAAAUCCAACCACGACGCCCGCGCCCGCGCCAAAGCCGAAAAGGAAGCCGAAAAGGCCCGCGUCGCCGAAGAAGCCCGCCUCGACGAAGAGCGCCGCGUCAACGACCUCGAGGGCUGGCUCGAAGAGAAACGCCAGGCACUACGACCAAACUCGAUACGACCAACCCUCGACGCGCAAAGACUGUCCAGUCCUCCUCACGCCUUCGCUACGAGCCCGCCCUUUGACCGGCCUCGCCCGCCGAGACCCACCGCCUCCACCUCAACGUCGAGCGCAUCCGCGUCCCCGAGUCCUCUUCCAGCCCACCGCCAUCGCCGGCGUCGACCAGCCGGCAUCGUCGAGAUCGCCGGCGACAUCCUCACCCAGCGCCUCCCUGCCCUCGGCUUCGCCGCCGCCUCCACCGACGACUUCCUGCGGGACGUGUUCCUCACGGGCGGCAACGUGCUCUUCGAGGGGUUCGACGAGCGCCUGCGCCGCGGCCUGACCGCGCUCCUGCCCGCGGGCGCGCCGCUCGCCCUGCGUCGGGCGGAUGAUGCCGUGCUGGAUGCGUGGCGCGGGGCGGCCGGGUGGGCGGGGACGGAGGAGGCGAGGAGGGCGAGGGUGAGUAGGGAGGAGUGGUUGGAGAAGGGCGGGGAGUACCUCAAGGAACAUGACCUGGGGAACGCCUUUGCUUGA